ACUCAAGUGUAUCAUAUCCCUCACUUCAACAUUCUAAUAUUUCUCUCAAACUUGGUAUAUACAAAAAAAAAAAAAAAAAAAGGUCUUUGUAUCUUCAUUCUUUUCCUCCAACAAUAUUAUGAUAGCCAUGAAAAGAAGCAGAGAAGACGACACAAAAGUAGAAGCAGAAGCCAUGGCCAAUUGCUUAAUGUUUUACUCUCGUCUAAACAACAAGACUUCAUCAAAUGAGUUCGAAUGCAAGACUUGCAAUAAACGCUUUCCAUCUUUCCAAGCUCUUGGCGGCCACCGGGCAAGUCAUAAACGGCCAAAAUUACUUGCCGGAGCCGGGGAUUUUCUUGUGCAAUCCAAAAAGAAUAAAAUGCAUGUAUGUUCUAUAUGUAGUAUGGAGUUUUCUUUGGGUCAAGCUUUAGGUGGACAUAUGAGGCGUCACCGUGAUGAAAUUAAUAAAACGUCGACGGCAGCCGGAAAGUUGAUUAUUCCUGUCACCGGAAAGAAGAUGAUACCGGUGUUGAAAAAGUCAAAUAGUAGCAAGAGGAUUUUUUGCGUAGAUUUGAACUUAUCCCCUCAUGAGAAUGUUGAUCUGAAGUUAUGGCCGACGGCGCCGGUUUCAUCUCCGGUUUUGCGAUGCUUUUUUUAAGUCCCUUUUCAUUGCUUCCCAUGUAGGCGACUUGGAAAAUUUUUGUACCUAUUUGUUAAUUCUUUCGGUAUACUUCAUUGUUUUCUUGUAUAUUUCCUUGAUUCCGUUGAUUUUUUUUACCUAUGAUGAAUUAGGUGAUUCAUAUUGAUAUGACAUUUGAUUUGCCUUGAUUAGUA